GUUCUCCACGUCUUACGUCAGCGUGAGCUGUCUGGAAGAGCACGUGAAAUACAGGAGCGUUACAGUAGGUUUAUUAUUCAGAAAACGGUACAUUUAACGACACGUUUUUAUAGAACCGUGACUUCAAAACAAUAUCGCGAGUAACGGACAGAACCUAGAAACGCCUUUCAGUCGAGGUCAAGCGGAAAGAGCUCGUGAUAAAACUUUACUAGGACCGUAAUGAAAUAAAUAUAUUACUGAUGGAUAAUCCUGAGCAAGAUUCGCUGAACCUGCACGAAGAUGAAGAAAUCAUCGAGGUUAUUGAUCUCGGUGACACAGAACAGACCGCAGAGGAUCUGGCGGAGGAGCUGGAGGAUGUAGAUUUGGCGGAGGCUGGGAAUGUGGAUGAUGACGGAUGGGAGACGGAGGAUGAGAUGGAGUCUGAGCAGGACGACAGUGAACUGACCUUCUCCAAACACACGGGAUCUGUCUUUUGUGUUAGUUUGGACCCCGUGAGCAACAGUCUGGCUGUCACCGGCGGAGAGGACGACAGGGCCUUCGUGUGGAGCGUGUCUGAUGGAGACGUGCUGUUUGAAUGCACAGGUCACAAGGAUUCGGUCACAUGUGCUGCGUUCAGCUCCGACUCCAAGCUGGUGGUGUCUGGUGAUAUGAGCGGUCUCAUUAAGGUCUGGAACGUGGAGAACAAGGAGGAAAUCUGGUCUUUUGAGGUUGGAGACCUGGAAUGGUUGGAGUGGCAUCCCUGUGCUCCGGUGCUGCUGGCCGGAACAGCUGAUGGGAACGUCUGGAUGUGGAAGAUCCCGAGCGGAGAGUGCAAGACAUUUCAAGGGCCCAACUGCCAGGCGACUAGCGGGAAGAUCCUUCCUGACGGAAAGAGAGCAGUUGUGGGCUACGAGGACGGAAGUUUUCGUCUGUGGGACUUAAAACAAGGCAAUGCCGUUUAUGUCAUCAAAGGUCAUGAUGGUCAUCAGGGAGCGCUGACCUCUAUGGCGUGCAAUAAAGAGGGAACGCUGGUUCUGACCGGGUCAGUGGAUGGUCAGGCUAAACUCUUCAACACAUCCACUGGGAAGGUGUUAUGCUCAUUUUCCAGUGAAACCAGUGAAGCAAAAGACUCCAUGCAGGAGCAGGAUUCCAACUCCGUGGAAUCUGUGGGAUUUUGUAAUGUGUUACCCCUAGUUGCUGUUGCAUAUCUGGACGGAACCCUGGCCAUUUAUGAUAUGAAUUCACAGAGCCUCAGACAUCGGUGUAAACAUGAGGUGGGUGUAGUGCACCUGCAGUGGGAGGAGGCGUCAGCGGUCAUCUCCACCUGUAAUCUGGCUGGUGUGGUCACUCUGUGGGACGCCAGAUCAGGAGUCAUGAUGUCAGAGUACCGCGGACACUCGGCUGAGAUCCUCGACUUUGUGCUGAACAGAGACGCAUCAGUCGCCGUCACCGCCGGAGGAGACCAUAACGCCAAAGUGUUCUGCCUGCAGAGACCCGACCGAUAGAGACCGUCUUCAUCUGGAUCCUGGUACACUUCAACAACUGAAUACCUCCCCACU